AUGGUAUCAAACAGGGGCCGCGACUUUGGCUUCAAACGACUCGAAUGCGACCACAGUGUCUUCGUCUACCAACGCGACGGUGUGCGGAUUAUCAUACCUGUCCAUGUCGACGACCUCAUCCUUGCUUCCAAGUCUCACUCCGCAAUCCACAAAGUCAAGGAGGAACUCAAGCAACGCUUCAAAAUCCAUGACCAAGGCCAGACAACCCAGAUACUUGGAAUUCGACUUGAGCGUGAUCGCACAAGUCGCACAAUUGCUCUCUCACAGCCAGCAUACAUACAAAAGCUACUUGAAGACUACAAUAUGACCGACUGUACCCCAUCUCCAACGCCAAUGCCUGAUGGGCUUCGACUCUCAGCAGAAAUGAGAGCGAAUGAAAAGCAUCCCAUACAGAGAGCCGUAGGCCGUCUCUUAUACCUCUCAAUUGCAACUCGCCCCGACAUCUCAUAUGCUGUUGGUGUUCUGUGUCGAUACAAUUCCAACCCAGGAGAACAGCAUUGGAAUGCUGCCAAGCAUGUCCUCAGAUACCUCAAAGGCUCGCAAGAUCUCAAACUCAUCUAUUCUCACCUCUUCCACCGACCUCUUCACUGCCCACAGCGAUGCCGACCUGAGUGGAACCCAGAUAACUCACGAUCCACUGGUGGAUAUGUCCUCUCAGUUGGCUCAGGAGCUGUCAUGUGGGGUAGUCGACUACAAAAACAUGUCUCACUCUCAUCCACAGAGUCUGAAUACACAACAGCAUCUGCUGCGGGAUGCGAGAUAAUGUGGAUGCGCCAGUUUCUUGAAGAGAUCGGCUAUGACAUCUCUAUACCAUCCCCUCUCUACCUCGACAGUGCAUCAGCCAUCCAAGUGGUCAAAAAUCCCGAACACCAGACAACCAUGAAGCAUGUUCACCGUGCAUACAACUGGAUUCGCGAGCGCGUUGAGAACAAGGAACUCCGUGUACAGCAUGUUCCGACCUCUGAAAAUGUCGCUGACAUCUUCACCAAACCCCUUGGUCGCAUCAAGUUUGAAUACCUUCGAGGUAAACUUGGUCUCUCAUGA